AUGGCGUCAAAAGAACUACGUAAAUUAGUUUUUGUCACUGGGAAUAAGCAUAAACUCGCCGAAGUUCAAGCAAUUCUUGGAACGUCUGUUAAUUUGGUUGACCACAAGCUUGACGUGACUGAAAUCCAAGGAAGUACACGUGAAGUUUCUUCUGAUAAAUGUCGAAGGGCUGUAAAGGAGAUAAAUAGACCGGUCAUUACGGAAGACACAGCUUUGUGUUUCAACGCGUUGAAUGGUCUUCCAGGACCUUACAUAAAAUGGUUUUUGGAAAAAUUAGGACAUGAUGGUCUAAAUCGUAUGCUAGCAGGAUUCGAAGAUAAAUCUGCAUACGCUUUAUGCACAUUCGCCUAUUCUCAAGGGCCUGAUGCAGAACCAAUCCUCUUUGAAGGAAAAACUCCUGGAAUGAUUGUUCCUCCGCGUGGAUCUACUGGUUUUGGAUGGGACCCGAUAUUUCAACCAGAUGGCUUUGAACUAACAUAUGCCGAAAUGCCUAAAGAUCUAAAAAAUACUAUUUCGCAUCGGUACAAAGCAUUAGAGAAUCUGAAAGAGUUUCUCAUGUCUAAUUCAGAUUGGGGUUAA